AUGGGAUUAAGAGACAUUGGAGAGACACUGCCACCAGGUUUUAGGUUUUAUCCAAGCGAUGAAGAACUUGUUCUUCAUUAUCUUUACAAAAAGAUUGCUAAUGAACAAGUUCUUAAAGGUACUUUAGUGGAGAUUGAUCUUCAUACAUGUGAGCCAUGGCAGCUCCCUGAGGUUGCAAAGUUGAAUUCGAAUGAGUGGUACUUCUUUAGCUUUAGAGAUCGCAAAUACGCAACGGGGUAUCGUACCAACCGGGCCACCACCUCGGGCUACUGGAAGGCGACGGGAAAGGAUCGAGUAGUGCUCGACUCGAGGAGCCGGGUGACGGUAGGGAUGAGAAAGACUUUAGUUUUCUACAAGAAUAGGGCCCCUAAUGGAAUAAAAACAGGGUGGAUCAUGCAUGAAUUUCGGCUGGAGAACCCUCACGUGCCUCCUAAGGAAGACUGGGUGUUAUGUCGAGUAUUUCACAAAGGCAAGGGUGAGAAUAGCAACCACUUAAGCCCAGAAAAUUUCUAUGAUUCAACCACUUCUAACAUGGCUGCAUCUCCUCCUACAAAUGAAUAUGCAUUGCUUAAUUAUGGCCAAGACAUGAUUACUUCCUUUGAUCAAGGACAAAACCCUAGCAGUCUCCUCGACUUAUCGGUCCCGGACGUCGACCGGAGUAAUUACCUUCAGCUGUCACAAGAGAUGAAUAUCGAAACUCCCUCAAGCCUCAAAAUGAUGCAUACUAAAUUUGAGGAUGAUUAUGGAUUCUUAUUCGAUACGGGUUUCGAAGAGUCGACAUUAAUGAAUGAGGAAAACAGCCUUGUUUUCAUUUGA